AUGCAGUGGCAGACGUGUGUGUUACUGCUGUGUGUGACGGCCAUAUUGGCGGACGACGAAUGGCGGGAAGUGAAUACUGUACAAGGGCCUGUGCGCGGGCGGAAGCAUCCCACGGAGGAUAUAUACACAUUUUACAAUAUACCUUACGCCACAGCUCCUGUCGGUGUCGACAAGUUCAAGGCACCUCUCCCCCCGCCGGUAUGGUUAGAGUCGUAUGAAGCCGUAGAUGAACAAGUCAUUUGUCCUCAACCUGCACUCCCAUUUCAAGAUCUCGAAAUAAAAAAUGAAUUACCUUUAGUGAAACAAGAAAAUUGUCUGAUUGCUAAUGUUUAUGUGCCAAACACAAACAAGAAGAAUCUUUCUGUCUUAGUGUAUGUUCAUGGAGGAGGUUUUGUUACAGGAUGGGGGGAAUUAUUUAAAGCCACACAGUUAUUAAAGAAAAAAGAUAUUAUUGUCGUCACCUUCAACUAUCGACUAGGUGUCCAUGGCUUCCUUUGUCUCGGUACUGAAGAUGCGCCAGGCAAUGCUGGAAUGAAGGACCAAGUAGCAUUGCUGCGUUGGGUACAGAAGAAUAUCGCCAGCUUUGGUGGUAACCCCGAUGACGUCACAAUCAUAGGUUACAGUGCGGGAUCCGCAUCAGUAGACUUGUUAAUGCUCUCUGAAUCUACUGAAGGAUUGUUCCACAGAGUUAUACCAGAAAGUGGUGGAAACCUGGCCGCCUUUUCAAUUCAAAGAGACCCUGUAGAGAUUGCCAAAACAUUCGCUAGACAACUUAACUUUACUAACGUAGAUAAUAUUUAUGCUCUUGGAGAGUUCUACAAGACGGCUCCUUUAGAAUUGUUGACGUCAGAUCCAUUUAUUGAUAGGACUGAUUCUACUUUAAUGUUCUCUCCAUGUGUGGAACGCAAUAUGGGAGGAGAAACAUUCCUGACAGAAUCUCCACUGACCAUAUUAAAGAACGGCAAAUACAAGAAAUUACCAAUGUUGUAUGGUUUCGCUAAUAUGGAGGGAUUGUUUCGUGUUAAUUUUUUCCCGUUGUGGAAGCAGAAGAUGAAUGACAAAUUUUCUGAUUUCCUGCCCGCUGACUUAAGAUUUGAAUCUGAAGAAGAAAGGGAAGACGUAGCAAAUAAAGUUAAGAGGUUUUAUUUUGGUGAUGAACCCGUCAGUGAAGAUAAUAUUGUAGAAUACGUGAAUUUUUUUACGGAUGUUAUGUUUGCACAUUCAAUGCUCUGGGCAACAAAAUUGCAAGUAGAGGCGGGCAACAAUCAAAUUUAUUUGUAUGAAUACUCAUUUGUUGACGAAGACGUUCCUGAAGUGCCACACACUAACAUAAGAGGUGCUACCCACUGCGCUCAGUCGAUGGCCAUAUUGGAUGGUAAAAAUUUGACACAUACAAGUCAUACAGAUGAGUCAUUUGCAACUCCUGAGUUUCAGAAAAUGAAGAAGACAAUGCGGGAAAUUUGGUAUAACUUUAUUAAAACUGGAAAACCUGUGCCUGAAGGGUCUUCAUUGCCUGCGUGGCCCGCUGCCAGUGCCAACAGGUCGCCAUAUAUGUCCUUAGAUCAGAAGAUAGAGCUGCGUGGAGUACUGCUAGAAGAACGUACACGCUUCUGGGAAGACAUCUACCAGAAACACUACCUGGAGCCUGUACCACCACCAACACCUCCACCUAAACCACGCUCUGAAUUAUAA